AUGGCCGCAAACUCCCCUCCAGCCGCCCCCGCAGACGAGAAGCAUCUGCCGCACACCCCCUCAGUCUCGCUCCUCAGCCAUCCCCCACCCUCCAAACCACCCCCGGCACUCCAUCCAGCGGUCAUCAUCGGCAUCUGGAUCACCCUCUCCUCCUCGGUCAUCAUCUACAACAAAUACAUCCUCUCAGACCUCCACUUCGGAUACCCCAUCUCACUCACCACCUGGCACCUCACCUUUGCCACCAUCGGCACCCGCAUCCUCGCCAAGACCUCCCAUCUCCUCGAUGGCCUGUCCCAGAUCACCAUGACCUGGGACAGAUGGCUCCGAUCGAUCCUGCCCAUCGGCGCCCUCUUCAGCGCCAGCUUGAUCUUCAGCAACAUGGCCUAUCUCACCCUCAGCGUCUCCUUCAUCCAAAUGUUGAAGGCUUUUACUUCUGUCGCCGUCCUCGCCAUCUCGAUCGUCAUGGGCCUCGAAAAGGCCAACAAGCGCACCAUGCUCAUCGUCCUCCUCAUCUCCCUCGGCGUCGCCAUCGCCUCCGUCGGCGAACUCGAAUUCGCCAUGAGCGGCUUCAUCUUCCAAACCCUCGGCAUCCUCUUCGAAGCCACUCGCCUGGUCACCAUCCAAAAACUCCUGCACGGGAUGAAGAUGGACCCCUUAGUCUCAUUGUACUACUUUGCGCCUGUCUGUGCGACAUUGAAUGCGAUCCUGAUACCGGUCUACGAGGGAUCAGCGCCAUUCAAGGAAGCCUUGACCACCCUUGGCCCGCUGAUCCUCGUCACGAAUGCCUCGGUGGCCUUUGCGCUCAACGUCGCCGUCGUCUUCCUCAUCGGCUCCGCCUCAUCGCUCGUCUUGACCCUCAGCGGCGUCCUCAAAGACGUCCUCCUCGUCCUCGGCUCCGUCUUCCUCCUCGGCUCCACCGUCACCUUCAUCCAACUCGCUGGCUACUCCCUCGCCCUCGCCGGCUUGGUCGCCUUCAAAACUAACCCCGACGUCCUCGACGACCGGAUCCGUAGGAUCCGCAGAGCCUUCGGUAAAGCUUAA